AAACGCCGACCACCAUCAUCCACCUCUCUGCGUCUGCUCAUGGCUUCGCUCCACUUCUGCUCAGAAUGUAAUAACAUGUUGUACCCAAAGGCGGACGCUCAACGUCGAGUCAUGGUCUUUGCAUGCCGCAUCUGUACCUACGACGAGAUCGUGGAGAACAAGUGUGUAUAUCGGAAUGACUUGUUGACCGUGACAAAGGAGCAAGUCGGAGUCACGACAGACUUGGGCUCAGACCCAACUCUUGCACACUCUGAGGACCAGGUCUGCCCAAGCUGUGGAAACCAUGAUUCUGUAUACUUCCAGGAUCAGUCAAAACGUCGCGAGACACGGAUGAUCUUGUUCUUUGUGUGUACGAACUGCAAUACUGCGUUCGCCGAUCCAAAUUUACAGACAGAGGUGCAUAAUGAGGACUAGCACCUCUAUGGUUGGCAUCGAAAAGAUGGGACGGGAGACGUGCGAGAUGGUAGAUGGCGAGCCACGGAGGCUCUUUGACAUACCGACGACAUAAAUGACCAGUGGACAAGGGCGAACGCGGUCGCGUUCCAAAGAAUCCCUACCACAAUGUACCGGGUACAGUUUAAUCAAGGCUCUGCCUGCGUGUCCAAUUCCCAUCCUCUCUGCUCAUUUGCCUCCCAGUUACCUUUGUAACUGAAUUUGUUGUGAAAUUAACAGCAGAAUGGAUGAUACGGGCAAUCCUAAUGUCAGAAAGCACAUCAAGUUCUGCAACGUACCAUCAGGUCGCCGAUUCAUUGAUUGUUCCGAUGCGGUCCAUGUUUCUAUGGUCUUCUGUUGUUCUGGCCCGGUUCCGGCUGUGAAGGUGGAAAUAUCAAGCAUGUCUUUCCAAUUACCGUUGUAAGAAUAACUUAACGCAUGAAUCCGAUGAUGACUCACCC